AUGUACGGUACGAGUACAUCCUACUUCGCUCUACUUCAUGCGAAGAUCCGCGAGUACAACCUUAACGAGCGCAACAUCUACAAUAUAGAUAAGGGCUUCUGUGUCGGUCGCGAAACAUGCUCAAAACAAGCUUCAAAAGAGCGCAUUGCGGCGCUUCAAGAUGGCAACAGGAAAUGGGUAACGCUUCUGGCAUGCGUAUGCGCUUCUGGAGAGGCAUUACCGCCCGCUCUCAUCCAUCAGGGCAUAGCUGGGAUUCAAUCGAGCUGGACAGACGAAGUUGAGGCCGGCAAGCAUCAAAUCUUCUUCUCUAACUCGCCUUCAGGAUGGACUAACGACCACCUCGGGCUUGCCUGGCUUGAACAAGUGUUUGAUCGUCAUACAAAAGCGAAAGCGCGACGAGGAUGGCGACUUCUGAUCCUUGGCGGCCACGGCGGCCACCUCACGCCAGAUUUUAUAGAUUAUUGCGACGCCAGUCGAAUCCUUCUCGCUAUCUAUCCACCUCAAUCAACUCACAGUCUCCAGCCGCUUGAUGUGGUGCUCUUCUCGCCACUUCCGAGGAACUACACCGCACAACUUGGCCGCCGUACGCAGAGAUCGCAAGGCCUCACAAGGACGACGCAAUGCGACUUCUUCAACAACUUCUGGGCGGCGUGGAGCUCUACAAUGAGGCCAGAUGCCAUUUUGAAGAGUUUUGAAGCUACAGGCGUGUGGCCGAUGGAAGCGGACGCAGUCCUAAAACGCUUCAACGACCACCCAGAACGUCAAGAUGAAGACUCAGAAGUUAGAGACAAUGGCGACGGCGAUAGUGGGAACAAGCUGCGCAAAUUUCUUGACGCUGCGGUCGCUGACAAGGCAAAAGUUGAAGCAAAACGGCUGUCGCAAAGCAUCCACUUGCUACAGGUCAACGACGACUUUCUUCACGACCAAAACGCGGGCUUACAAGAGGAACUCAACGCCAAAAAGAGCAGAAGUCAGGUGGCAGUACCCUCGAUCUUCAACAGCUCAAAGGGUAUCAUUUCGCUACACUUCGUUACAAUAUAA